AUGGAGAAUUCAACAGAAGAGAGCAAACCCGUUCCAGAAACACCAACUGAAGAGCAAACAGGAGUAAAAUCGCCACGUCGUAAGCAAAUUCCCGUUCCACCACCAAUAGAAACAUCUUCACCAAGUCCACGCUCUAGCUCUGGUUCUGGAAGGUGCUACAGUCCAAGAAUGAGUGAAAAUGGAUCUCCAUCACCAAGGAGAUCAUUACAAAUGGGAGGAAGGCCCAAUUCUGCAAGAGAAUUUCCUCAAAGAAGGCCAUACUCACCAAGAUCGCCUCGUUCUAACAGCAAUGCUGAUGAACGCUUAAGUCUUUACAGAAAUUCAACUGAUGCUGCAUUGGCAGCCCGCAGAAGGCCUUCUGAUUCAUCUGCUCCUGUUUCGCCUCGUUUGGCAUCACCAAGGAUGAAUAACUUCAGAAGGAGCAUGCCUAUCUUCAAAAUUCCUGAAUCUGGCCCUGAAAUUCAAAAAUACAAAGAGCAGGCCCUUAAUAAGAAAUUGCCACUUGAUUUAUCACAAGGAACGUAUGAUGAUAUCGUUUACGCGUUAGCUAAUGAUCGAAAGAAUCUUGCUGCCAAGCAUAAUUUCGAAAAAUCAGAUAAAUGCAACGAAGCCAUUAAAUAUGUCAAAGAAUGUCAAAUCCAAGCUGCUAAGAACGAACUCCAGAAGAAGGUUCAACAAGAAAAUCAAGAAAAGAACCAAGAAAUCGUUAAAGAGCUUGAAAAAUUCGAUGAAGAUUCGAAACGUUUACUUAAAGAACUUCUUGCCACCGAAAAGAAGAUGCGCGCUGAAUUGGAGCAGCAGCAUGAAAAGGAAAUUACAGAAAACGAGCAAUUAUGGACAAGUGACGUUAAAUUGAAGAAUUACAACGCUCCAACAAACGCUCUUAUGUCACUUAAGAAGCAAAUCAACCUAUUGACUGUACAGUGCCGCUUUAAAGAAGCCAGCGUUGUUACAAAAGAGUAUCAGAGGCAAAAAGCUCAUGAAGAGAAGGAAAGCUUUGCCCAGAUGCAGCACGACUACGACGAAGCUCUUACUAAGAUCCUUGACAGACAAAAGGAAGAGCUUAAAGCUUUCGACGCUCAAACUGAAAUUCGUGUUAAACAUUUCGAAGUUACACGCGGAAAGGAAAGAAAAGCAAUCGAGAAUAAGUUACAGAUCAACAAAAAUACAGCGGAAACAGCCCAGGACCCUGAAAAGCUUUGGGCAAAGACAAAUGUCCAAAGAGCACAAAUUAAUGAAGGUCCUCUUAACGCUUCGACAAAACUUACAAGAAAGGAUAUCGCUGAUUCUGAUUUCGAAUUACUUACACUUCCUCCUCUUGAUUUAAAGAGGAAGAAAUAA